GGAUCCCAUGUUGCUGUGGCUGUUGUGAAGGCCAGCAGCUACAGCUCGGAUUUGAGCCCUAGCCUGGGAAUUUCAUAUGCUGCAGAAGUGGUCCUAAAAAGACCAAAAAAAGGGGGGGGGGAUAACAUACAAUCUUAUAUACAUGUGAGACAAGGUCCAGUAUGUUGCUGUAGUUGCAAGAACACAGAAUUAGAAAACAAAACCAGACCAGGGGUUGGGGCCUGGCUGACUGGGCCAGAAGCCCUGGAAUCAGCUGGAGCAGCCAGAGAGGCCCAGGGGGUGCAGAUGCCUGGAGCUUGUGGCCAGCUUGCCUUGGCGCUGCGAGGGACAGCACCUUCCUUGGGUGCCCGUUGCCGGGAGGUGCUUGCACUCCUCGGGGUUGUGGCCCUUCCAGAUGAGAACAAGAGGGAGGGACCCUCCUCAACUGAGAACAAGAGGGAGGGGCCCUCCCCAGAAGAGAACAAGAGGGAAGGGAAAUAACCCCGUGCCUUCUACCCAGCGCCGCUGGAGUUCUUGGUGUGCCCGCUCCCCAAGAAGCCGCUCAGAUAUGAAGCAUCGACAGAAGAAUUAAUCAAUGAAGAGUUGGGAAUAGCCUAUCCAAUUAUUGACGGGAUUCCUAAUAUGAUACCAUAGGCAGCUAGGAUGACACAUCAAAAUAAGAAGCAAGAAGAAAUGGAGCAGCAUUAGAUCACACAGAAAUACAACAACAUACAACUAAAUUUUCUAAACACCAUCUACCUUUUGAGAAGUCAGAGUGGCAGGUAAUAAGUGGGUGAGAAGAAUGUUUGUCUCUUCCUACACUGUUUCUGCUCCAUUGGUCUCUUUGGGAGGACUGUUAUACUCAGGCUCUGUGGAAGAAAGCUUCUCACAGAGCUGCAAUAGCACAGUCAGCCUGUGCUUUUACAGUCUGCUCCUGCCGAUUACCAUACCCGUUUAUGUGUUCUUCCACCUUUGCACUUGGAUGAGUAUUAAACUCUUUCUGCAUAAUUAAUGCAACCAGAGGCAUGAUGGUAUUCACUAAUGAUAUGCUUGAGUGUCCAUCUCUGAAAGCUCGGCUACAUGGAAAUACUAGAAACCCACUGAAUUUGUAGGAAAGAUGCUUAGCAUUUGUCAGAGGUUUAGGACUAUGUGACAUUUAAGUUGCAGAGGCUUCUUUAUUGUAUUUUGGUUCCGCCCCUGUUUUUCCAAGGUUCUGAUUUAUACCUGGUAUAUCAGAAGAAACAUUUCAACAAAGUAUCUCGUUUGAAAUUAACAGCCCCAGCCAUCAUCUGAUGGCUUUUUCUUAUCCCAUUCCUAAUUAAAAAUUACUAAUUUGAAAUGUAUGUUUUUUUUAGAUUCAAAGUCUUUGGUAAAGCCACAUGUUAAGAAUGACUGAAAUAACUACAAAAGAGCUAUGGGGAGCAGUUGAAGAGAAGUGCGGUUGGACUAGUGUGACAUAAAACUAUAAUAAAAUGUAAAUUUCACAUUAAAAAAAUGGCCAAAGCAAUCCUGGGUUUGACAUUUGGUGUGUGACCUUGGCAAACUCUUUGAGUUAGGGAUCCUCAUCUGUGAAAUGGGGACAACAAACACUUUAAACAAACAGGUUUUUUAAAAAUUUAGGAGUAGUAUGUCUUAUCAGGACAAAAAUGCUACCUUUUUUUAUACCAUUCUAUUAUACUAUAAACACACAAUAUAAACAUUCAGAAUAUUUAGGAAAUAAUCUCAGCUAACAGGGAGAAAAACAAACACCAAAAUGCUCCCAAAGUUGGCUAAUCAGCAUUGCUCCUCUGCUGUGCACAACGGCUCGUAAGACAAGCUGGGCAACAUUCACAUAGGCUAUUAUUUAGCAGUUGACUAAUGAUUAAAAUUUUUUAUUUCACUGUAUGUGCAAAAAGAAAGUCAAAUCUCUGUAAAUUUAAAGGAAAUUUAGUUACUAAACAGUGGAAAACACUCAAUAAGCAC